ACGUCACCGCCGUUGACCCGGAAAUGUUCGCUCCCGUUAAAAGCGCCGGUCCGCUGCUUGCGGCCUCUUCCUGUCUGUGCCAGGGCGGCGCGUGGUCUACGCUGUGCGGCAGAGUCGUCCGGACUGCGCCGUCAGGAUGACCGAGUGGGAGACAGCUGCGCCUGCGGUCGCAGAGACCCCCGACAUCAAGCUCUUCGGGAAGUGGAGCACUGAUGAUGUGCAGAUCAAUGACAUUUCCCUGCAGGAUUACAUCGCGGUGAAGGAGAAGUAUGCUAAGUACCUGCCCCACAGCGCAGGGCGCUAUGCUGCCAAGCGCUUCCGCAAGGCGCAGUGCCCCAUUGUGGAGCGCCUCACCAACUCCAUGAUGAUGCACGGCCGUAACAAUGGCAAGAAGCUCAUGACCGUGCGCAUCGUCAAGCAUGCCUUUGAGAUCAUUCACCUGCUCACCGGCGAGAACCCCCUGCAGGUCCUGGUGAAUGCCAUCAUCAACAGUGGUCCCCGGGAGGACUCGACCCGCAUUGGGCGAGCCGGAACAGUGAGGCGGCAGGCUGUGGAUGUGUCCCCACUGCGCCGUGUGAAUCAGGCUAUCUGGCUGCUGUGCACAGGUGCCCGUGAGGCUGCCUUCAGGAACAUCAAGACCAUCGCCGAGUGCUUGGCAGAUGAGCUCAUCAAUGCGGCCAAGGGCUCCUCCAACUCCUAUGCUAUCAAGAAGAAGGACGAACUGGAACGUGUGGCCAAGUCGAACCGUUGAUUGCCCGACCACAGCCCCAAUAAACCUGUUUGCCUUUUGGGGCAGCCCCA